UUGCCAUACAUUUUAGAUUCUUACAAUUGGUGCAGAGUACCAUUCAGUAUCCGAGUUUAAUAGAAGUCCUGGGGUCUACUUUCAUGCUAUGCCUCGUAGGAUAUUACGUGAUCAUGGAAUGGGAAAAUCAUAAUAUUUUUCGACUAUGCGCAUUUUUUAUUGCGCUAAUAAUGUUCGGUUUCAACGUAUUUAUAUAUUGCUACAUGGGCGAUCAAGUCAUCGAUCAGGGAGACAAAGUCGCAUUAACAGCAUGUACUUUGGAAUGGCAUCAUCUUCCGGAUACGAAAGCGCGAUCAUUGAUUUUACUCAUAGCCAUUUCUAUAACUCCAUUAAAACUUAAAGCAGGAAAUUUCAUUGAUCUAUCUCUCAGAACAUUCGGCAGUAUUGUUAGGAUGUCUCUUACAUAUUUAAAUCUUCUUCGAUCGGUUGAGUAA